ACGGCUGUGACGUCGGCGCUCAGCAAGUCCGCGCGAGUCCUGUGCAGUUGUGUUCUGCGCUCGGUUUUCUUUCCCCGAGCUUGUCAGUCGGCUUCUUCAUCUCCUUCUUCGCUUCCUUUUGUAGCCAUGUGCACGGAACGUAAAAAGUGCUGACUUUACAAAACAAAAAAAGUAAACAUUUCCAGUCUUUUUUUUUUUUUUUCCAAUCGGACCGGCGCGCUUGUCGUUUGGGGAUUUAACGCGCGCGAGCUGUCAGAACUGGAAGUAGAGAGCGCGCGGCGACCGCAAACAACACCGGACACACACACACACACACAGAAGAGAGAGACUUUAAAGCAUAAAGGCAUAAAGCAAUAUAGAACUGUUUCUUCUUAGAUCUCUCUCUCUCUCUCUCUCUCGUUUUUUUUUUAUAUUGGAUUACCGGUUGCACAGCAACGGAGACCCGUGAUAAAUCUGGAUGUCGUAGUUAAGGUUUAUCAAAUGAUCCAGGCAUGGAGUCCAAAAGAUACCAAAGUAUUUACGAAGGUACAGACAGAGAAAACAGAUGGGCCCAAAUGCCAGGAUCUAUUGAGCAGUGCUGCACGACAAGGGAGGAGGGACCUCUGAUGAACAGUGAUGUCCUGAUGGACAUUGUAAAUGCGAGUAAUGCAUCCGGUGUCCCUGCUCCAAAAUGCAAGGAAAGUGGAGGAAAGAAGUCUGAGAUGCCAAUGCCCCAGCUCAAUCCUGACCAGCAGCACCAGCAGCUCAGCUUCCCUGCAUAUAACAACUCCAUUCACGGCCGCAAGCCGGAAGACUCUAAAGAGCUCUCCAAAACUGUUGCUGAGUCUAUGGGCUUGUAUAUGAAUGCUGCCAGGGAGGCUGAAUUUGCCUUUGGCCAGCAGGGACAACCUGCCAGAUGCCAGGAAAGCCCUGGAAAACUGUUCCCUCUGUGUGGCAGAGGGAUUGAGGACAAUCAAUCAGGGACUAAUAGGAGCCCCAACAUGAAAGCUGCUCCAACAUCAUUCCCAGCCAUGUCCCAGUUACCUAACGGUAGCCUUGGCGAGUGUGGGGUGGGCACUGCACCAACACCUUCCGCCUUGUCCACAGUUCUGUCCAGCCCUGCUGAAGAAUCCAGCAGCAUCCAGCAGCAAUCCAGCCCAAGUGGAAAUAACAUUGUGACUUCCACCACCAGUCCCACUUACUUUGGCACUAGCCACCCUUCCUUAGGCAGUCCAGCAAAUCUGGGUCAAGUUGGUUCAGGUCUGGCACCAACUCAGCGUGCCAACUCAAGCACCUGCAGCCCAACAGAGUCCAGCACUAUGGGCACUCCGCCGCUAGCAAGCCCCUUUAACGUGAUGAAAUCACCUAUCUCAAGUCCCCAGAGCAUGGGAAGUGUGAGGACACCGCUGUCCUGCAACACAAACAUGAGGUCAUCUGUGUCCAGUCCCACAGGAAGUGGUGGCAACUUGAGGCCUUCUGGGUCUAGUCCACCCACAGUCGGUUCCAUGGCCAUGUCCAGUCCGAGGAACCCCUCCAGGACAUUUUCUGCGUCAAGCCCUCCCAGUAGUCUCGGCUUGGUCCAGAACGACAUCCACAGCCCCGAUGGCCAAGAGCAUGACUUUAAAGGAUUCAAGUUCCCAAAAGUGGAAAGCUUGGAUGGGGAAAUAUUUAAUGUUGGCCUGGAUGCCAUGGGGAUGGUCAAGUACAUCAAAAAUGAGCCAGACACUGAUUACAGGAGUAUGUGUCUGGGGAACAGCAAUGGCAAUGUGCCCCCUUUGCCAUUUCCAUCUCAUAUUAAGACUGAGCCCAACAGUGAAGCAACUUGCACAAAUGCACACUAUGGGGAACCCCAGCAGCCCAUGGGACUCUUCCCAGCUUCAGAGACUACAUACUUGUCCUUGAGGGAUAAUAUUGAUGAAUACAGCCUCUCUGGGAUUCUGGGACCUCCUAUUUCUUCUCUUAAUGGCAACUAUGAGUUUGGUGUGUUUCCAAACAAUGACAUGCCCAAGGGGAUUAAACAGGAGACCAAUGAUGGCAGCUAUUACCAAGAGAAUAAUAACGUGCCCACAUCAGCUAUUGUCGGUGUUAAUUCAGGUGGACAUUCAUUUCAUUACCAGAUCGGAGCGCAAGGAACAAUGUCGUUUUCGCGGCAUGACAUGCGGGACCAGACGAACUCCUUGUUGAAUCUAAUUUCUCCAGUUACAGCGCUAAUGGAGACAUGGAAAACACGCCCAGGCCUGUCGCAGGCUCCACUGUCCGCCUGCGGGGAGGGCUACCCAGCCCCAGGAUGCAUCUCUGACACCAUGGCAAGCGCUCCUUUAAGACACUCAUCCUCCACGGCUAAGGUGUGUUUAGUGUGCGGAGACGAGGCGUCCGGGUGCCACUAUGGCGUCGUCACCUGCGGCAGCUGCAAAGUCUUCUUCAAGAGAGCGGUGGAAGGUCAGCACAACUACCUGUGCGCUGGAAGGAAUGACUGCAUCAUCGACAAAAUCCGACGGAAGAACUGUCCGGCUUGCCGAGUACGAAAGUGUCUGCAGGCAGGGAUGAAUCUCGGAGCACGCAAGUCAAAGAAGCUGGGCAAGCUGAAGAGCGUGAGCGAGGACUCGUCUCUUCAGAACUCAGAGAAGGAGCUGAGCUCCAAUAUGGCUCUGGUUCCUCACGGUGCCUCUGUGGCUCCCUUCCUCUCUCCGUCUGUGUGCAGCGUUCUGGAGCUCAUCGAGCCUGAGGUGGUGUUCGCAGGUUAUGAUAACACGCAGCCUGACACCACCGAUCACCUCCUCACCAGCCUCAACAAGCUUGCCGGCAAGCAGAUGGUGCGUGUUGUCAAGUGGGCCAAAGUACUUCCAGGUUUCCGCGCAUUGCCUAUCGAGGACCAAAUCACGCUCAUCCAGUACUCGUGGAUGUGUCUUUCCUCGUUCUCGCUCAGCUGGAGAUCCUACAAACACACCAACGCCCAGAUGCUCUACUUUGCCCCGGACCUCGUCUUCAACGAGGAGCGCAUGCACCAGUCGGCCAUGUACGAUCUGUGUGUGAGCAUGAAGCAGGUCAGUCAGGAGUUUGUCCGUCUGCAGCUCAGCUACGAGGAGUUCCUGGCCAUGAAGGUCCUGCUGCUCCUCAGCACGGUGCCCAAGGAUGGCCUGAAGAACCAGGCUGCAUUUGAGGAGAUGAGGGUGAACUACAUUAAGGAGCUGCGGCGCUCGGUGGGCAAAGCAACAAACAACUCGGGACAGACGUGGCAGCGCUUCUUCCAGCUCACCAAGCUACUGGAUGCCAUGCAUGAUCUGGUGGGAAACUUACUGGACUUCUGCUUCUACACCUUCCGCGAGUCUCAGGCUCUGAAGGUGGAGUUUCCCGAGAUGCUGGUGGAGAUCAUCAGUGACCAGAUACCAAAGGUGGAGUCGGGUCUCACGCACAUCCUUUACUUUCACAAGAAGUGACGAAAGCUGAGAUGAAAAAAAUUAAAACAGACAAGCGACGACGAGACGAAGGAAUGACUGAAGAAUGAAACGAUGAGAAGAAACGAGGACAUGAAAACCCUCAGAAAGAAGGAACGACAUGGAGAAAGAGAAGGCACAUGUGGGUCAGGCCAGCUUGCUAUGCACAACGUCAGGCACGAGCGGCUCCGAUGUACGUACGCCAACCUAAACCACCCCUUCCCGCACAGGGACAGACGCAGAGAGAGAGAAAGAAAGACAGAGAGAAAGAGAGAAAGACGAGUUGUCUGUAGCCAGCCAGUGAACUUUUCGAGUUCAUUUCUCCUUGCCCCCAAAGACAAUGCUGACUAUCUAUGGAUAUGAAGCCAUAUGUUUCUUUGGUAAAGCUGUAGUGCACAGGUACAAGUGUAUAAAUAAUACUAAAACACAGUUGUAUACGGAGACACGGUAACGUCCUUGCCUCUCCACGCUACACACAUCCAGUACAGUACAUCCUGCAAUCUAAUACCGAGGCAUUUAUAUUAUUUAACUCAUCUCAACACUACACAUACUUUACUCUUUGGAAUUACGAUUUACAGAAAAAGAAAAAAAAAACUACUAAAAAACUGUCUAUAGUAUAUUUCUGUAGCAACUGUAUCAUCAUUAACAGUUCUGUUUUUUAUUUUUAUUUUUUAUUUUGGGGAUAAAAGAGGCAAAGCGAGGACAUUUUCCAAGGGCUACACUACCUAAAAUCUAAAGAAAAGCGUGUGGAUUAAACCGCAGGUCAGUGUGCGGCGUGUUUAAAUGAACAGAACAAUCAAACCUGAACUGAUAUGCAAGCCCUUUUUAUUUUAGAGAAAUAAAAAGUAACAAAAAAUAAAAAAAAUAAAAAAAAUAACAAUUUUUAUAAUUGUUAUAAUUGAAAUUAAAAUAAUUAUUUUAUAUUAGUCACUAAAAAUAUAUAUAGAUUUUUUUUUUUAUUAAUUCAUUAAUUUUUUUUGUUCUUGUUGUACUUUGGUACAGAAGAGGAGAGGGACACAGCGAUCACAUCCCUAACAUAGCUCUCUGACAAAAUACUGACCGAUGUGAUGAGCGAAAAGCACACAAGGGCUUGGUUUUAUGACCUUUAGGUAAACGAGAUUCUUGCUAAACCCGCUCCGGGAAACUCCGACUUCUGUUCCACUACACAAUUUAAGAUAAUUACGCAGAAUUUAUUUAGGUUCCAUGCGCUACUUUAUUGAGUUUAAUACAAUUUUAUUUUUAAAAAAAUAAACAUCAGUCAAUUUGAUCCGUUCGAUCAGCUCAGCUGUUUUUUGUUUUUGUUUUUUUCCCUUUUAUUCUCUGUACAAUCUUUCACUCCAAAGCAAAUAACACAGGAUGUCUGGAGGCAAGCCUGACAGGAAGGAAAAAGAAGGUGCAUCUCCAUUACAGUAGAGGGAAAAGUUUAUUCUGAGCUCAUUCAGAGUUCAAGGAAAUCUCCAGCGAAUCUCUGGAGCGCAUAUCCGCCACGUAUCCGUGAUUAUCAAAGACUUGGUGAAAGGAUGAGUAAAUGAACUGGAAUGAUGGAAGUCUAAAGGCUGUUGUUGUGCCAUUAAUUAGUUUGAGUUGUUAUUCCUUUAAAGCUAUUUAUAUACAAAAAAAUGAAUCAGUUGUUCUAUACAUUCAUCAAAUUUUUCCUUUAUUCAUGUCACUCCAUGGAAACCAUGAAAAAGUGAACGAAACACAGAUAAGGAUUUUAAUUUAUUUAAUGGAAUGUUAUAUAAAACUGCAACCAAACACAUCUGGUUUGGGGCAUGGGGCCUGUGGUGGUAGCUCAAGUGGUUAAGGCUCUGGGUCGUUGACCGAAAGAUUAGGGUUCAAGCCCCAGCACUGCCAAGCUGCCACUGUUGGGCUCUUGAACAAGGCCCCCAACCCCACCCUGCUCCAGGGGUGCUGUAUCAUGGCUGACCCUGUGCUCUGACCCCAACCUCAAUGAUAGGAUAUAUACGAAAAAAGAAUUUCACAGUGCAGUAAUGUAUAUGUGACAAAUAAAGACUUUCUGGAAUUUUCUUACUACUUAAUUUCCAUUUUUAAACACAAACCCACUGCUGCAUUGAAUUUUGAAUUGACUAACACACACAGAAUAAAGCAUUAUCUGCCCUCUUCCACAUACACAAGCUCACAGACAUCUAUGAUUCGCUGGUGAUGCUUUGAUUGACAGGGGGAAGGCAGUAAGUCCCGCCCACCUAGAGAACACAGCCGGUUUUUAUGUAUUUAUCUAUUUAAUCUCGCAAAUCUCCUGAGCCGUUUUAUAGUGUAUUGUUAUAGCUUGGUGUUACAUGGAGUCAUAUAUAUUUUUGAGAAAAAUUUAACAACUAGCCUUAGACUUCCAUUGGGGAAAAAAUUAGAAAACAUUCUUGUCUGAGGUAAUCACGUAUAUGCUGCAGAUAAGAUGAAGAUUCAAUUGAAAAUAUGUCGAUUCCCAACCCCGGAAAUGUUAUUUUUUGUUUGUUUGUAAAGAAAUGUAUCAGCGAUCAGCUGUGUUAUAUAUUGCGUCUGCUUAAAUGAUGUGUUUUUCCAGGAAACAGACUUAAGCCUCGCCCACCAAUUUCAGGGACCAAUCAGAAUGGCCAGAGAGGUUUUUUUUUUUUUUCUUUAAACAUAUAU